AUGAGGACCAAUGACUGGUUUGUGCUCAAAGUGGGAGCCGUGCUGAGUAAGGGUGUGCCCUCCCCUCCCAUGGCUGUUGACAGUGGCAGGAGGCAAGGCGCCAGACUGAUAUGCGAUGUAAUCCCAGAAGUCCCGUCGCAGACAGGUAUUUCGUGGGCAGGGAUCCUCGUCUCCCCAGAGAACCUGGACUAUUCCAUCACUGGUACAGUGAGAGAUGCUGCCAUCCAGGUGCAAAUCACUCCAACGCAAGGGGAGAUCAGCGUCGGAGAGUCCAAAUUUUUCCUCUGCGAAGUGGUGGGCGAUGCAAAGGACAUAGACUGGUUCGCCCCCAGCGGUGAGAAGAUCCUCCCCAACAGCCCAGACAUUUUUGUGAGCCGCAACGAUGAAACCAUGUCAACCCUCACCAUAUACCACGCCAAUGUGGACAGCGCUGGCAUCUACAAGUGCGUGGCAAAGAACGGCGACAAGGAGGCCCAGGCUACAGUCCAAGUCAAGAUCUUUCAAAAGAUCACCUUCGAGAGUGCUCCCAGUCCACAGGAGUUCAAUGAGGGUGAUGAUGCUGACAUAAUCUGCGACGUGGUCAGUUCACCACCACCCGCCAUCAUCUGGAAGCACAAGGGCUCCAAGAUCCAGUCUGCCAAAGAUGUGCGAUUUAAGAUCCAGGAUAAUGGCCACCUGCAGAUCCGCGGCAUCAAGAAGACAGAUGAGGGCAUGUACAACUGUGAGGCUCGUGUCCUGGCGAGGGGAGAAAUUGACUUCAAGAUGAUCAAGGUUGUUGUUAACGUCCUUCCCACCAUUCGUGCCAGGCAGUCAGACGUCAACGCUACAGCAGAUGUUGGUAGCACUGCCUUGUUGGCCUGUGAUGCAGAUGGCUUCCCUGAACCCACCGUCACCUGGGCCCAUAACAACAUUGUCCUUGAAACCGGUGAUAAGUACAGCCUGAACGAGGAUGGUUCAGAAUUGGUAAUAAAAGAUGUCAAGAAAGUGGAUGAAGGAGAUUACACUUGCAUCGCCAAGAACAAGGCAGGAGAGAAAACUGAGGAAGUCAGCCUGAACGUGUUUGUGCAACCCAAGAUUACCUACUUGAAUAACCAGACUGCUUCAGAGUUUGACGAACAAGUCACCCUGACCUGUGAGGCCUCCGGCGACCCAACACCCACAAUCUCCUGGAGUUUUGAAAACAGAGUGUUCAGUGAAGGAGAGCAGGCUUCUUGGACGCGACCAGCCACAUAUGAGAGCCUCGAUAGAAAUAUAGUGGUACGGAGCCACGCACGAGUGUCUUCUCUCACCUUGAAAAACGUCCAGUUCACGUACGCGGGCCAGUACCUCUGCACUGCCAGCAACUCCAUCGGUCAAGACACCCAGCACAUGUACCUGGAAGUCCGCUAUGCUCCGAAGGUUCUCGGUGCCGUGGCAGUGUACACAUGGGAGGGGAACCCAGCCAACAUCAGCUGUGAGGUGAAAGCUCAUCCCGGAGCCUCUGUGGUUUGGUUCAGAGAUGGCCUCCAGCUCCCCGAUGCCAACACCAGCAACACCAAGAUCUACAACACGCCAACCGUCAGCUACCUGGAGGUUACCCCCGAUGCUGAGAAUGGCUUUGGGAGCUACAACUGCACAGCAACCAAUAUGAUGGGUACAGAGUCCAAGGAGUUCCUUCUGAUCCCAGCAGAGGUGCCGUCAUCGCCUGAAAUUCUACAAGUGGAGCCUUUCUCAAGCACAGCAGUGGUAGAGUUCGAGGAGCCAGAAUCCUUUGGUGGGGUUCCCAUUAUCAAGUACAGAGUACAAUGGCGAGUGCCCAGCCAGGACUGGAAGGGCAGGGAGUACACUGCUGAGGACUACAGCACCAAGAUUACCAUUGACGGCCUGAAACCAGAGACCACCUACGAAGUCAAAAUAUCUGCAAUCAAUGGCAAAGGCGAAGGCGAGAGCAGCCAGCCCAGCACUUUCCAGACUGAGCCAGUCCAGUAUUCUUUCACAAUUUCAUCAGAGACACCACCCCCUAUCGCCGCCACCAGUAUGGCGCUUAGGGAACCAAGUGCCCCCAAACUAGAGGUCAAGGUCCAAAACAGGGGCAAUUCUCUUAAGGUGAACUGGAUCAAGCAGGACGAUGGCGGUUCCCCCAUUAAACAUUACCUGGUCAGAUACAAGCCUAAGCAUGUAUCCGUCUGGAAACCAGAGAUCCGCCUUCCUCGUGGCAGUGAGUAUGUGGUGCUGAGCGGCCUGGACUGGAAUACAGAGUAUGAGGUUCGCGUGAUUGCAGAGAAUCAGCAGGGCAAGUCUGAGCCUGGAAUCCUCUCCUUCAGAACAGCUACAGAGCCCACUACCGUCCCAGACUCAGCAGGGGGUAGCUCAGGCCUGGGCACCGGAGCCAUUGUAGGAAUCCUCAUCGUCGUCUUUUUCCUGCUGUUGGUGGGCAUCGACGUCACCUGCUACUUCCUCAAUAAGUGCGGACUCCUCAUGUGCAUCGCUGUCAACUUCUGUGGGAAAACCGGCCCGGGCGCCAAGAGCAAGGACAUUGAGGAGGGCAAGGCAGCAUUCACGAAAGAUGAGUCUAAGGAGCCCAUUGUCGAGGUGAGAACGGAGGAAGAACACACACCAAACCAAGAAGGAGGAGUACCGACUGAGCCUAAUGAGACUACGCCUUUGACAGAACCUGAGCCUGCUGCUGCAGACACCACCUUCCCAGUGGUAAACAUGCUCCCCUCCACUGCCACUAACUCAGUUGCUGAGAGCUAUAGCACGGCGCAGAGCAGCCCUGCUAGCGAGAACACCACGCUAACCAACACCGCAUCCAGCCCCGCCAAAGCCGCCCCCGCCAAGUCCUCCCCAAAAAUCAGCCCUGCUGCUCUUAAAGCUAACACCCAACCUGAUGUCGGGCCCCUGGUCGACCUGAGCGAAACCCCUAAAGUUCCCCCUUCAUCCAACCCAACACCCCUUGUCUCAGAGCCAGUCAGCCCGCCCUCUGAUAGCGCUGACGGGCCACAGAACCAGCGUGACCCAGUCAAAGCCCCAGAGAGCACCCAGAAUAAGGACUUACAAGUAGACGGCCCGACCGAGGAUGCACCUAAUGCCCCGUGCACAGACUCAACCACACCAACCCAAAAUGACGGUAAGACUGUGAAGGAUGAUAACACUAAAGGCGAGACGGAGGUGAAGAAUGCCACAGACGAGGUGAAGACAGUUCCCAACGAGGCUCCCCAGUCGAACGGCAACGAAAGUAAAGCAUAA